AUGGCUCCGCUACACCAGCCACAAGACAGGCAGAAAGAAAAGGCGAGUGAUGCUAUUCGAGCGGCGUGGAAUGUAUUCCAAAAAGAGACUAGAGAAAACCGAGGAAAGGGGAACGGCAGAAACCACGUUCAAAUGAACCCUAGAGAACUGGAGACCAUUUUCCGCAAGGAUGCACGACGAAGGUGGCGCAGUGUCCUCAAAGACCAUCGAAUGGAUGCUGGGGCAUGGAUAAUGACGGACACGGACAAGAAGGGGGUUGGCAGUCUCCUCGGCUGGAACCAGGACCAAAUGGUCGCUGCUUGCGAGGAGGAAUGGGGCAUUUCUGUGGGUAGCAUUCGGGGUGAAGAUCUAUCAUCUAAUAAUGAAUUUUCACUUCAUCUCUCCCUUCCCCUCCUCUGGCGCGCAAUGUCUUCACGAUUGGGUUUGAUUCCAGAAGCAGCAGCCCGCCUCACCCAAGCCCCGCCACUCCCGUCGCAUCACAAGCCCAUGGUGGUUUCAGCUACCAGCAAAGGUUUUGCACGACCGCAUCUACAACUACGCUCAGCACUGACCGACCUCGCACCCUUAGACCCCGAGCAUGAAGCCUUCUCCCCUGAUCCGAACCCGGGGACGCGCAUCAUGGUGGAGGUGCGGGAUAUGGAUGGGGUGUCGUCGCUUGGUUGUUUGUGUUCCCCUCAUCUCUUCAGCUUUCUCACUGUAUUGAAGGUGCUCCUGACCUUGGUGAUGAUGGACGACGUCUCUUCGCAUCUGGACAAGGCGGCCUGCACAGCAAGCACGGCGGGACUAUGGUCGAGCUUUGCACGGAAAUCCCAUUUCAAACAAUAUGGCCUGGGCUUCCAAAAGCGGAAACGCUUUCAUGCUUUCACGCUUUCAAAAGCGGUGAAAGCGGCUAAAGCCGGACUUGUAAUUUUACUGAUGCUGGACAGCGUUCCCGGACUACCUCCAGUAGGGCGAACACAAACAAUUGUGCGGCCUCAACUCCCUGCGCGGCAGCCGCGACUCCAUGAUUUGCUUGCCCCACAACCAUAUACGCAAUCCAGCGGCGUUAAGUUUUCAGAACAUCCCGUGCCCGCACAAGCUCAGCGACCAAUUUUGCAACCACGACCUGUAUACGCCUGGCAUUUACAACCUCAAGACUCGCAUGCCUCACAGGCAUAUACAUGGCGCAGUGGUGUUAAACAUUCCGUGCCCUCACCAAUUGUGCCCCGACCUGCAGCCGCCCCGUUGCAACUCCAAUAUUUGCGUGCCUCACAAGCAUAUACACGACUCAGCAGAGUUGAAGUUUCAAAACAUCCCGUGCAUGCUCAAGCUCAGCUUCCGCGACAUUCACCUGGUCCAUCACAAAUGAUACGGUCAAGUUUGAUUACACAAUCAUUGCGCGUCCCACCACCUCGCCAGUUACGACCUUACUUUGACGCGUUGUACAGCGACGAGGAAGGUUAUGUAAGUGACAGUGAAAGAGGGUGGCCUCGUCAGGAGGAGACACUAAGUCGACGAGUUACAGCAAGACGGAGGUUAUUUGACAGGAGGAAGAAAAGAAAGCAGCUGGAAAAGGAGGAGAAGUUGAGAACGAAAGCGGAGGGAGGCGAUUACGGGACAGAUGAGGCCGACGACGAGAAGGAGGAGAGGCGUGGAAGGGGCAGGAAGAGGAAGAGACCGGGAAGAAGGGAGGGUGGCUCAAAGAGAAAACAGGCGGAAGACACGAGACAAGGUUUCCAGGACUGGAAUUCAAGUGAUUGCUUCGGCCACAUUUACUGCGACGGCCUAUCGACGACCAAUCCCAUAUCUGCUGCUCUGCUGCAGCGUGCGCCACUCCCAGAUGACUCUGUCCCUCAUUCCGAAAGCAUUCAAGAACGCCUAUGUCGACUUGAUAAAAUGGACCUGUCCGAGUCCCGCAUUUUGCUUCUCGAGAAGAUUCAUCAAGAAAUGUGGGCCCAGUUGGCAACCAUUGUGUUUAUCAAGUGGGAUGACCUCCCGUGGCCAGUAUUUGUUCGGACGACUUGCCCAGAGGAUUUGAUGUUACACCGAAUCGUUUCAUAUUUGUUACAGGUUUCGAGCGGAAUGGAUAUCAAGGCAGCGCUCGUGGAUUGUAACCGGCUGCAGUGGGCUCAACAACGUCUUCGGAUUCUUCUCGGAUACUGGGAACAUCCUAGUUUGAAAAUGAAAAUUGAAAACUCUGCAGACAAGACUAUGAUACAAGGCGUAAACGUUGUUAUGAAUCAUCUCGAAAGCGUUCUCGAUUUUGUGAACACGCAUCUAAUCGACGAAACGCAUCAUACGGAUUUGACUGCAAUCAUUUCUCAAACGUUUCUCAAACACGUUGGUGAAAAUCUGGCUCGAAUCCUUACAGACACAUCGGACAACUCUGGUUAUAAGUCUCUGCUCAAGCUUGAGGGCGAGAGCGCUCAGAAGAUGCUAAAUUUUCUGCAAACGUUGUAUCCCGAAUGCCUGACUAUAACGGAUCUUGAACGGGACAGCGACGUUUUAGACUCGGGCCGCUUUGGCGAAAUCUAUAAAGGUCGUUCCCGCAGCCAGGCUAUUUGCUUGAAAAUUAUCAAAGUAAAUCGAAGGACGCAAAUCAAGGAGCUGCUGAAAAUAUGGGAUAUCAUAAUAGGGAUUCAAUUCCUCCAUCAGAAUCAAGUCAUACACGGGGAUCUCAAAGGCUUGAAUGUACUUGUGAAUCGUAAUGGACGCGGUUGCCUCGCCGACUUUGGAUUGGCCAACCUUGUUGACGAAGAUAUCCUGUGUUGGACUUCAAUUCAGACUACAGGACAUCAGAGCGGUGGGACAUUGCGAUGGCAGGCACCAGAGUUGAUUAACCCACCUUCUGACGAAUCGGCCAAGGCGACGCCAGCCAGUGAUAUUUAUUCUUUCGCAUGCGUCUGUUAUGAAUUCCCCCGCGACUGUACCGUCAUGAUGAAAGUGCUUGAAGGCUCUCGGCCACCUCGUCCAGCCGACACAAGCACCUUGUCUGACGAAAUUUGGAAGUUGAUCGAAAUGUGUUGGAAUCAAGAACCUCAAGACCGUCCCAGUGCGGAAUUGGUUAUAGAACAACUUCCUCUUGCAGGCAUUGUGGAUGAUAGGCCAAGUGGUGGUGACCACUUGGCUCCCCCCGACUUUCGCGCCGGUGGCCCCAAAAACUUGGGUGUGGUAUUCAAUCCAGCAGUUGAUAUCAUCCUCUCUUCUGUUCUCAGGUCUACUCCGACAAAUGAAGUUGAACCGCAUGCUAUAUAA